AUGUCCCAAAUGAAUGUGGUUUCAUUCUGUUGGGUGGACAAACGUCUUGCUCCUGUUUACAACUGCAUGUGUGCGCUGAUGGGAGUGUUUGGUGUUGAGACCGAUGAGAUGUCAGCGAUGGAGGGAGAUUCCUUCACUCUCCGUACCGGUCUUACAGAAGUACAGAGAGAUGAUGAGAUCGAGUGGAGGUUUGGAUCGAGCAGAACUCGUUUAACCAGAAUAGCGGCGGGAAACAUUACUACAUACAAUGACGAGAAAUUUAGAGACAGACUGCAGCUCGAAAGACAGACUGGAGAUCUCCCCCUCACAAACAUCACUAAUGAACACAAUGGCGUUUAUCAACUGAGCAUCAUUAUCAGGAGUAAGAAGUCAACCAAGCGAUUCGCUGUCACUGUUUAUGCUCCUGUGUCUAUUCCUGUAAUCUUCAGUGAUACUUCACAAUCUUCUUCAUCGGCUGAAAGAUCAUCGAGGAUCUUCCUGUGUUCAGUGGUGAAUGUGAGUCAUGUGACUCUCUCCUGGUACAAAGGAAACAGUUUAUUGUCCAGCAUCAGUGUGUCUGAUCUCAGCAUCAGUCUCUCUCUACCUCUGGAGGUGGAAUAUCAGGAGAAAAACACCUACAGCUGUGGUGAACAAUCCUGUCAGCACCCAGACCAGACAUCUGGACAUCGAUCAACUCUGUCAAAUACAUUCAGACUGCGACCUUUGUUUUGACUCUCCUGAAGCUGUGAUCCGACUGGUCGUCUCUGCUUUGAUAAGUGUAGCUGCUGUGGCCGCUGUUGUUCUUCUGGUUAAUGACAUCAGAAGAUUUGGAAGAACACAGACAAUGA